AUGAUGGCUGAACAAACACCAUGGUUGGAAAACAGUUCUCAACAAGGAAAAUCAACUUUAACCACUGAAACUCCUUUUUGCGAAAAAGACACCGUUCCCACCACUAUUGCAUCUCCAUUUGGACCCCCUUUCACACCUGAACCCGCUGCCUUCACUUCCGGUCCUGCACACUUUAUGUCCGGUCCCUCUAUAUUCACUUCCGGUCCAUCGGCGUUUACAUCUGUAAAGACGGCGUUCACAGCUGGACCACAGGCAUUUACAGCAACCGCUUUCUCGUCCGGUCCUGUCGGUACGUCGUCCGAACGUUCAGCUUUCACGACCAAUGACAACGUUGCCUUGGUGCCAGCCUUCACCGCGAAUUCAAUGGGAUUCGCUUCAAAUCAAUCGGCCUUCACAACCGACAUUUCUAUUCCGGCCGGGUCUGAUGAUUUCGGACAUUUCAGUAGCAGUGAAAAUUUUCGCGAACCCGUGGUCAACGAAUGGAACAAUCAAUCCAAACAGAUGCCUGACUCCAGCUCUUCAUUCUUGAUCUCCGCACCGCAACCUUCAAAUCCGCUGGUGACCGGUUCAGGCCCCUUUCAGAUGGCCACGAACCCGACCAGUUUUAUCAAGGAGCAACCACAAUACAGUCAACAACAGCAACAACAACCUCCUCCGACGUUACCGCCGCCACCUCCACCACAGCAGCAGCAGCAGCAACAACAGCAGCAAUUCCAAAAUUUGAUAACUGAGGGUCUAGAAAGGGUUAUGUAUGCACCGCAACCGCUCCAGACUGACCCUUUCGGUAGUAUACCCUUUCAGAGUAUGACCCCCACUCCGAAUGCGAGCCCCUCAUUAUCACCAAGAAGGCUUCGAGCAGACUCGCCCUUUGCCAAGUCUCUCUCCCCUUCUCCGUCCCCGUCACCGUCCCAUUCGCCGCUGUUCGACGCCGCCGCCGCCGCCGCUACUGACAAUCAGCUCCGUUCUCUAGACGAAACUUUUGCCAAUAUGUGCCUGAGCACAAACGCGUCUCAGCUCCCCACUGUGCCGACCGCCGGUGUGACGGCCAAGGCCAUUCCUCCACCUCUGCCUCCGCCACCGCCGGUUCCGCCCUCGUCGGCUCAUCAUCAUCACUACCACCAACAGCACCAUCAGUACCAGACUCAACUCCAACAACCCCAGAACACCCCACAGCCUUCCCCGUCUCCACCUCCGCCCUCACAGCAGCAGUAUUCACCACACUUACCGCCACCCCCGCGAUCUUCUUCACACUCCCCUAUAAAUGUAUCCCCUCUGCUGUCCCCGGCCACAAUAGCCGCGUACCAACAACAACAGCAGCAGCAACAACAGCAACAGCAGCAACAGGCACUAAAUCGGCAACAAGUGACACAAGCUGUGUUUUCUUUCACUUCGUCCCCACCUUCCCCAUCAUCUGACAGCAGUACCACCCUCGCUUCGAGCGUAAACGAAAUAAAUGCCUGGAACCCUAAUUUCGCUACUCCCAACCCGAACUCUCUGUCCCCGGCUGUUUCUCCAUCCUCGAGUUUCAAUAUGCUAUCAACAACUUCCGCGUCGGCUGGGGCCUCUUCGUCAACUUCCUUGGGCACAUCGACGUUCGCUACUAAGCCGCGGUCGGCUUCUGUACGCCGGUACCGUCGGAGAGCCGACCAGGAACUCCAAGAAGAAAUGCGGCCGCGGACAAGUUCCAUGCCGACCAAAAACACGUGCCGAAAACCCCAGCUGCUCGGGCCACCACCUUGGCAAGCUGACAACGACGAUCUCUUUGUGGAACCCUCGGAUGCAGGAGUCGCUGGUGUGAGCGGAAAUUAUGGGCCCGGCACCGGUCAACCGGGAUCUGGCAAUUUUUCGACGUCAGGUUUCUACCGCCUUCGUUCGUUCGCAACCACCUCAAAAGGAGUGGUCAACAGAGGCGACUCCUUGAUUACCAACUGUAGUUGGGUUUCACCUAAUAACAGCGUUAGUGACUACCCGUCAACGUCGAACAGUACAUAUUCCCUUUCCUCAGUACAAAUCCUCAAGGUUUUUGUAUUUGGCACUCCAGGCGUUGGAAAAGCAUCUAUCAUUCAACAGUUAAUGACUUCUGAAUAUAUGGGAUGGAACAGUACCGACUCUUGCGAAGGUAAGUAA